UAAACAGUAUAGGUGUUCAAAGUUAGCGAAACAUGGCGCGACAUAAAAGGUUAAAGUUUUAUUUAAAAACUACAACAAUACAUGGCUUACAUUACGUUGCCGAUGAAAAUAACAAUGUAUUCAUAAGGUUUUUGUGGAUGGUCAUCUUUGUGAGCUCGGUAGUGGGAAUGUUCACGAUAUUUAUAGCGCAGUACAACUCGUUUAAGCAUAAUUCAAUAAGUUUCGUUACGGAAACGACCUAUCUGGAAUGGAACACAACUUUUCCAGCGGUAACUUUGUGCGAAGUUGGGAGCACGGAAAUUUUCUGGACACCUGAACCAGACGAAGAUUACUCUCCAGUGCAGCAGUUUAUUUCGGACAUUUUAUUUUUUACUGGAAGUUGCUAUUCUUGUUCGGCAUCAUGUGAAACAUGCAGUAGACUGAAUUUUCAUGAAGUAGUGAAACGUUUUCGAAAAGAUUGCCGGUCAAUUAUGCAAGUGUGUGAGUGGAAUGGCGUACCGUUCGAGUGCUGCGACAAAUUUUUGCCAAUAAAUACCGAGUACGGAAUUUGCUUCUCCAUUAACUCGUUACAUUCGACAAAAACGCCCAAAUCUGAAAUAAACAUGGAAUCUAAUAGGGCGACGGGCCCUGGAGAAUUAUAUCUUGAAGUGAUUGAGGAUAUAAGAAUUUAUUUCCAUGCACCUGAAGAUGUUCCAUUUAUCAACGCUAACUCGGACCAGCGGAAGGAUAUUUCUUUGGGGGAAGUGUAUAACGUAUCCAUAACUAUUACCGAGAUUGCAAAUGACCCAGGUGUUCAACGUAUCGCCAUUGAUAAGAGGGGAUGUAGAUUUCCUUGGGAAAUACCAAAAGAUAUGCGGGUCCACAAAUAUUAUAGCUAUUCUUCGUGCGUCGUACAGUGCCACGCAAAUGCUCACUACAAUUUAUGCAACUGUACACAUCAUUUGAUGCCAGUUUUGAGCGACCAGAAAUACUGCGACAUGGAAGGUUUGGAGUGUCUAACUGAAAAUUUCGAUACUUUAAACAGACUUCACGCCAAGGGAUCGAGUAAACCCGGAUUAGUAUGCGACUGUAUUCCUUCUUGUGUCGAACCGGAAUAUAAAAUUGUUUCAGAACAAAGAAGCCGUUUAAAGGGUGGUAACAGUAAAAUUUCACUGAAAUUGCAUUCCUUGCCAACGUUUCGUUUUAAAAGGAACGUCCUGAGAUCGACCAUGGAUUUAGUGGUUUCGGGCGGCGGCAGCGUAGGUCUUUUUAUCGGAGCGUCUCUGCUUAACAUUAUAGAGGCUCCGUAUUUGCUAUUCAUGAGGCAGUAAUUCCUCGCAGUGUAUUUAGAAGUAUCAAGCGGCCUUUCUAGGUUACUUUCUAAAUUAGAUUUGGGUAUGAGAUUUUUGUUGGCAGUAAAAAUUUGAUCAAUGUAGAUUGAUAAGUAAGCUACGGUGUAUUUCAAUUUCAUUAGUAACAAAGGACCCAUACUUUCAAGAAGAUAAAGGGAGUUUCUGUUUCCAUUAC